GUCCUUUGGGGCAAGGCAUUGCAAAUGCUGUUGGUUUGGCCCUUGCUGAGAAGCACUUGGCUGCACGUUACAACAAGCCAGACAGUGAGAUCGUUGACCACUACACAUAUGUUAUAUUGGGUGAUGGUUGUCAAAUGGAGGGUAUUUCAAACGAAGUUGCUUCUCUUGCGGGGCAUUGGGGACUUGGGAAGCUGAUAGCCUUCUAUGAUGAUAACCACAUUUCCAUUGAUGGAGACACUGAGAUUGCAUUCACUGAGAGUGUUGAUACCCGUUUUGAGGGUCUUGGGUGGCACGUUAUCUGGGUGAAGAAUGGAAACACCGGGUAUGAUGAGAUUCGAGCUGCCAUCAAGGAAGCAAAGGCUGUCACAGAUAGACCCACUUUGAUAAAGGUGACAACAACCAUUGGUUUUGGAUCUCCAAACAAAGCAAACUCAUACAGUGUUCAUGGUGCUGCAUUGGGUGCCAAGGAAGUGGAUGCUACCCGGAAGAACCUUGGAUGGCCAUAUGAGCCUUUCCAUGUGCCAGAGGAUGUUAAAAGUCAUUGGAGUCGCCAUGCCGCUGAGGGUUCUGCUCUUGAAGCUGAAUGGAAUGCCAAGUUUGCUGAAUAUGAGAAGAAGUACAAGGAGGAAGCUGCAGAGCUGAAGUCCAUCAUUACGGGUGAGCUACCAGCUGGUUGGGAAAAAGCACUUCCG